AGUCGCUGCUCGCUUGACCAAUCACCGCUCGACGGUGGUCGACGUCUUAUGACGUAGUUCAAGCAUGCCUGCGAUCGGAGGAUGUUGAGGUUUCUCGGCAGGAUCUUUGUAUCUGCACAAACUCAAAGGAGCCUGAAUCCUGCCACUGUGCACCGCUGCUUUUGCUCUGCAGCGUAUCCUUGCUUGGCUGUGAAGCCCAUAAUGGAGCCUAAACUGUACCGACCCCCUCCAGAGGUCCGGGGUAUGACCUCUCUGGACAAAGACGCCUUCACACAGACUAUUACAGUCCCUGCUCUACGGGUGCCCAUUGGGGUCUUAAACAAAGUAGUGAAAAGCCUAAAAAAGUCGAGCAUCCAGCGCCCUGGUGUGCCCAGGGUGGUUCAGGACAAAGAGCAGAGUAGUGACUUCCGCUUGGUCCUGUUGGACCCUCGCAGAGUCUCCUCGCCGAGCUCCUUCAGUGAGACUGAAGCUGAGGCUCUGAGGUCGUUCAGUGUCAGUGAGGAGCUCCACUACUAUGAGCUGAAGCUGACCUAUGACAACCUGAAGAGCGAAGAAGUGCUGGAGGCUGUGCUUCCCCAAGGUCAGGAUGUGACCUCUGCGUUCAGUCGGGUGGGCCACAUCGCACACAUGAACCUGAGGGACCACCAGCUCACAUACAAGAAGCUCAUAGGUCAGGUGAUCAUGGACAAAAAUCCUGGUGUCACCUGUGUGGUCAAUAAGACGAACAUAAUCGAUUCCACUUACCGCAACUUUAAGAUGGAAGUGCUGGCUGGAGAGGAGAACAUGGUCGCCAAAGUGAAAGAAAACGGGGUGACGUACGAGUUUGAUUUCUCUCGCGUGUACUGGAACCCUCGGCUGAGCACAGAACACCAGCGGGUGGUGCAGCUCGUCAAACGUGGCGACACUGUGUUUGACAUCUUCGCUGGCGUCGGACCCUUCGCCAUCCCAGCUGCUCGCUUAGGUGCCAGCAUCUUAGCCAACGACCUCAACCCAGAGUCCUACCGAUGGCUGCAGCAUAACUGCAAACUCAACAAGGUGGAGAGCAAAGUCAGAGCCUUCAAUCUGGACGGCAGGGCGUUCAUCCGGGGACCUUUAAAGCAGGAGCUGCCUGUACUGAUGAGGGGAACAUCUGCCAUUCAUGUGGUGAUGAACCUGCCUGCCUUAGCUCUGGACUUCCUGGAUGCGUUCAGGGGCCUCCUGCACCACCAGGAGCCUCCUUGUGACGAGAACCUACCUACAGUGCACUGCUACGGCUUCUCCAAAGAUGAUGACCCUGACACAGAUGUGGUGGAGAGAGCUUCCCGCAGCCUCGGAUUCCCUCUGAAGAACCGAUGCUCUGUGCAUUUUGUGCGCAACGUGGCUCCUAACAAAGAUAUGAUGUGUGUAAGGUUCACACUCCCUAAAGAUAUCCUCUUUGGAAGUGAUGCUGAAGAGUCAGAACAAAUUGAAGAGCCAGCCUCAAAGAGACAGAAGUGUGAAGAAACUACAAAUGCAACGUAAGGAUAAAUAUCGACUUUGCACAAUGAGGACCAUGAGGAUCAGCGUAGGAGCCGACUUUAUUUUUUGCACUUAAAUAUUGUUUAUUUGAAGAAGUCACGGCUCAGCUUUGUGACUAAGUCAUUUGCAUUUUCUUUUUUUAAAUUCUGGCCUGCGUUUAAUUUUAAAAUAAAUCUGCAAAAUGAUAGACAAAA